AUGUUUUUCAGUCACGAGAUCUUGACUAACAACCAAUAUGGUGUCGCAACAAUAUGGCUUGUUGCAACUGUUGGAAAAGGCAGCCAGAGGAAGCUGAAUCGUAAGACCCUCCAAGAGGUCAAUAUCCCCAGAGCGUGUGAGAAGAUCCUCGAUCCCGGAGCCCCUCUUGCUCUACGACUUCAAGGUAAUCUAUUAUAUGGAGUGUCACGUGUCUUCUCUCAUCAAUGCAACUAUGUGCUUUCGGAUGCCGGAAAGACACAGUCGGAUAUGAUGACCUAUUUUCGGUCCAUGAAGACGAGCGAGACUGAUGAAAAGGCCGGAAAGACAAAACGCCAGCACAUCACACUUCAAGACGACCCAAGCUUCGACCCCUUGGCCAUGCUUCCUGGGCUGGACAAGCUACUCAACAGCGAGACUCUCUUCAACUUUACCUCUACUCAAGAGUCGGCCCUUAGAUACUCCCAGAUGUCACCACCUGACAACAUCAGUUUGCCAAGUGCGUGCACCAGCCGCCGCUCCAGCAUUAUUGGCCUGGACCUACCUCCCUCGUCACACUCUAUCGGAAGCUACCAGUUACCUGGUGAUCUUGGCCGUUACAGCUCACCAUUCAACAAGGGCAUCCAUGAGAUAGACAAUAUGCCUGACUUUAUUCCUUUUGCUGAAAAUGAGCUUGACCCGAUAUGCGGUGUUGGUCUUGACUUUGACGGUAAUGGCAACUUGAUCGGGGUAUGCGAUGAAGAGCCUGAACUUCCGCUACUUCGUGGCACCAGCCCAGACCCAUUGCAUACCGCUGGCACUACUCUAACAAGAAUGGGAAAUAUACGAGCCCAAGGUGCUGCUGAUCUUGUUGAGAAACCUUUUCUCGAUUUCGGUGAAGCUGCACUGCCCGAUGCAGAGCCGUUUGCCGUGCACCCAGCCAGCAAAGGACUCAACACCGACACGCCGACACUUACCACAGAGACUACAGAUGGCAAAGGAGUGGUUGCAUAUAAAGCUGCUCCUCGAAGGAAGGUUCGUCUCAUGUUCGAUCAGGAUAUUCGAGUCCCACGAGAUACGUUUCGUGGUUGGACUGAGAACUAUGAGGCCACCAUGCGAGCAGCUCGGAAGAAAGCCAAAAUCACAGCGCAAGCACAAGCUAAAAGAAAUGCUCUGGCCUUUCUAUACAGCAAUGGAAUAUCAGGUGUUGGAGGAUUUGAAAGAGACUUUGGUCUCCGUCAUCCAUUGGCGCCGGACUUUGCGGGCACAGCUCUACAGGCUCGGCUACUGGGAGUACAGAUCGAUGACCACCAAGCCAAUAACACCAGAAAAUCCAGACGACGCAAGUCCCCUGAAGCAUUCGGCGUCGAGGAGGAUGACAACAGAAAUGUAAGGCAGCGCCUAGAAGAAGACGAGUUUGCUCGAGGAGAAGCUGGCCCUACUCUUGGCGGAGGUCUCGAUUUCGACGAUGACACCGCUCCAGAACUUGGCUUAGAAGCAGUCGCACCACUCGAAGACAAACUUACAUCCUCUUUCAUGCCAUGGAGCCGCCAAGGAUCCGCGGCACCUGGCUCAGCAACUCGUGCUCCAGGAAGUGCCCGGAAGUCCACCGCCGCACCGAGCCCCCUCCACGACCGAGGCAGCAUCAUCGGCUCCAUCGAAAGACACAGUGACCCCGUGGAAGACCCUCUUGGAUUCGUAGGGUUCGGUUCUCAGGCAUCUUCUAUUAACUUCGAACAAGACCAAGCGGCUUUGGAUUUUGGUGCUGAAAAUGCCACACCGUCUACCCAGGGGCUAGAUGCCUACAGCCAACGUUUCCUGGGAUACGUCGCAGAGCAAGCAGCCGAGCAUGGAGUCCUUGAAAACGACGGCUUACACAAGAAACACUGGAUUGACUUUGAAGAUCUUGCCAAUCCAGAACUCCACAGCAAGGCAGUCGCAUCACAGGCCUUUCUUCACGUCCUUUCACUUGCGACCAAGAAUCUCAUCGCCGUCAAGCAGGAUGGCAUUGCGAACAAUGAGCCCUUUGGUACUCUUCGCGUUGGACUGACCGCUCAAGUUUUGAACCUGGGCACCACAAUCGUUGAAUGA